UAUCUACUCAAGCAUACAUACAACUGCAUGAAAACGACAGUAUAGCAAUACCAUCAGUAGAGACAGUGACGAUUCCUCUUUCUCUUGUAGCCACAUAUUUCAUCACAUAUAUACAAAUCAAUCUCAAAUGCGUUCUUCUCUCCGUCUCCUUGCUGCUAUCUCGCGCAGCCAACCAUCGAAAUCAAAGAAGCCCGCUCUUGGUCUCGAGCAUUUCCUACAAAGACAACGUGUUCUUGCUUUAUGGAGGGAAAUCGUCAGAGCUCUGAAUCAGGUUCCCAAGUCGCCAACACGCGAUGAACUGCGCGCCUACGCACGACAAGAAUUCGAACGAAACAGAAAUGUUGAAGAUUUGUCACAUAUUCGAUAUUUGGUUUCUACGGGGAAAGCGGAGUUCGAUACCAUGAAGAGAUAUAUUGAUGAGCAGGCUGCGCGGUAGGGAUUGUCUUCUUGAUGAAAGGGGUUGGGGAUCUUUCCUCGGCGGUUGGUUUCUGAUUUUGAUUGCUGGUUGAUGUUCUUCACCCAGGGCUUUUUGGUGCAUGAUGAUUUAUAAGAGACCGGACGACCAAAAAAAAAGGUCCAACAUGAAAAUAUGGGGGGA